AUGUCUGAAUUCUUAUUCUUUUUGUUUUAAAUAUAUCCAUUAGAUUUUGUUGGUAGUACCAUUUUAAUGCUUUACAAAUCACACAGAUAAAAAUCCUUUUCACCUAAUAAAUCAUAAUCUCCUUCAUUCAAGAGAUUUCUACCCAAGACCCAGCUCAGCAGCAGGCUAUCUGCAAAUCGCUAUCAAAAACAGCUGCACUGCUAAAGCUAAGUCUAGACUCUAUAAAAUCUUUACUGAAUAGAGGAGGUUUAGAGACAUAUCUAGCCUUAUUGAUCCUCAAUGAGAUGCACGAACUAAAAAAUUUCAAUGAAAUCAGUGAAGUCAUCCAGAGAGAGAGUUAAUUAGGGGGGUUAAAAUGGAUAUAUUUAAGCCUCUAACAAGUUAAGCUUCAGCUUCACGCUUCAUGUGGUGCUAGUCAUUAAAGACACCAACACCCUUUUCUUCAGGGUUAACCAACCAAAAACGGUGACGUCGUCAGUCUGAUGGGAGACUCAUUCGAGCCUGCUUGGCCAGCAAAGGACUCUCUCUUGACCCCUGAUAGUGCUCAGGGUAUGAUGAAAAAAUUGCCCGAUGCCUCCUUUUGCCACCAAAGCCUACACCCCACCCCGGAGAGUUAUCCCAUUGCGAGUCCGUAGCCCCUCCAAAUCCAGCACAAUGCACUAGCCCUCGAAGUUCCGGACCUUCUCUCGCAGCUGUCCAUGAUUUAGAAAUUCCCAUCCAUAGAGAAGAAAUGAAAAAAGAACUUAUCGAGGUCCUUUUUCAAGCUUUUCCAGCUGAAUUUGUGGAAAAAUACUUAGAAAGAGUUCACGAAAAGCCCAAAGAAAUUAUGCAAAAAAUCAUGAGUGUAAUCGAAGAAAUUGGACCAAAUAUGGAAAUAGGAAUAAAACAGCUUAUAAUAGAUACAUUAGAAAAUGUGAAAAACUCUAUAAGAGAUAAUAGGUAUACAAGAGGAGAUUUAUAUGAAGACUAUUCAGAUGUGUCUUGCCCUCACUAUAUGAUUUUAUUGCCAUACCAUAGAACCUCAGCUAUAAUUUUAUCAUCUAUUCCAGACGAGUUUUUGAAGCCAAAUCUUGAAAAAGUUUUAGCUAAUAUAAAGCCAAUCCCAGGCUAUACAGGAGAAUUAAUGCCAUACACUCAUUUAAUUUUUCAAACUCCCGACCUGUUCUCUAACCCUUCUCUAUGAACAAGCAUAGAAAAAGAUUUACUUCAUCUAGAUGCUUAUAUAAGAAAACAGGCUUCAAUUAUGCUUAAACAAUACAUAAAAUCCACAUCUCAAAAUUCAUCUGAAUGGGAGACUUUCUGGGAACUUUAUGAUGUACUAGAAAACUAUGCCAGACAUUUAGUAGAAGGCUUAUGGCCAAGGGUUUCAUCAUUAAUGAAUUGGGAAAGAAAAUAUCUUGCUUUACUAUAUGAGAGAGCAAUACAGCAUGAAAAUAUAUCAGUAAGACGCUAUAUUGCAAAACAUUACAUGACUAGCAUUGCAGAUAAAUCUGAAUUUGCUGUCAAGGAAUUAGUUAGCUUUUUAUCAGACCCUCAGCUAUAUUCAGAUGCUCCUACAUUGACACAAAGGUCAAAAUUUGGGACUUAUAUACCAAUUUUUUAUAAGAGGUUUUUCAGUGAUCUAGAGGAGGAAUUAUUCGUAAAAUAUGCAAGAAUUUUUAUAAGGGAAAUUAGCCAAAAAGUGAAAUUCCAAAUCACUUUUAGGUAUUUUGUAGAUGCUAUAUUAGAAAAUAAGCUUAGUAAAGCUAUAAAUGAGGAGGUUUUGUAUGCAAUUAUUGAUAUGACAGAUGGGCAAAUGCCUCAACAGCCACCAUCACAAAGAAAUACAGCUUUUAAAAUGGCUUUAAGCUUUAUCGAAGUUGAGAAUUCUGAUUAUGGGCUUAUAAAGCUUAGACUUGCAGCAAAAAUCCCUGUCCUUCCAAAAAUUAUUAAUUUAAACCCUGAAGAAUCAAAACAAUGGUGAUCAGAGACCUUAAUGGUAGCCCAUGAUGAAAUUCCAACGAUUUCAUUUUCUCCAAAAGAGAUUGGCUUACUCAUAAAAUUCUCAAAAAUUACAAAUGAAGAGCUAAAAGACCUUCUUUCCCCUUACUUUACCGUUAUUUCUGCAUUAUAUAGAAACAUUUAUAUCAAUAAAAACGUCGCUCUGUCCUGAAUUCAAGAACUCGCCUCAGUUUUCUUAUAUAUUUCUUCCGAUCCUUCUAUUCAGUCACAAUUUUCAGUCUUUUUUGAAGCAAUUUUAGAAGAAAUAAUUUCUUAUGCAAUGACCCUUAUAGAAGAUAGUGACGCUUUAAAGAUUUUUGUUAGUUCAUUAGAAGUAUUUUUUAAGAUAUUAGGAGAAAGAUGUAUUGGGAAGGUCAGAAAUCAUUCAGAGCAUAUAUUAAAAUAUAUACAGGCUGCAGAAAAUGUGGCUUUGUACUCAUAUUUGUCGUAUUUAAAACUGUUUAUAGGAACGGUAAUUGAUAUGCAGAUUAUCAAAACAGGCGAAACUUCUCUACUUGUAAAUAAAGCUGCAGAAAUUGUGAUUACACUAAAAGAAAGGGAAAAAUGCCAAAAUAGGGACUUUUUGGCAAGCAUUUCUGUGCUGAAAUGGGAAAUUAUUGGGUUAUGUGCUACAAUCAUUGAAGAAAAAAGCUAUAUUAUCCAGCCAGCAGUUGAGCUUGUCGAUUUUUGCCACCAGCAAACUAUGGAAACUCUAUUUUCUAUACUUAAAACUAGCUUUUUACCUGCUGCUCUCCAAGCUGAAAACUGUAAUAUUUUACUUACUCCCCCCCAUCCUUGAUCGAACGAUUGACUGUAAAAAUUCCUAAAAAAUUGGGGAAAUUAACCCCAUCCUUGAUCGAACGAUUUUCAUAUCAUGCAAAUUUUUAUAUAUAUAAAAAAAUAUAUUAGUUAUCAAAAGCUUAGGAAGAUGCACAUAAUGAAGUUGUUCUCAGAGACUUUGAGACGAAAAAAAGCUUUGGAAUCAACCAUACAAAGUGGUUUAGUCAUCAAACUGGGCUUAAAAACUUAAUAAUCUAAUAAAAUAUAGAUUCUUUAAAAUUUAAAAAAAAACAAUUUAAUUUAAUAAGGAACAAAUUAAAAUUUAUACAGUUUAAAGGGGUAACUAAUAAAUCAAAAUAUUAAAAAUUGGUAUUUUUAUAAAAUUAAUUCAAUUUUUUGCUGUAAAAAUAAUUAUUAAAUACUCUUAACCCUCUUAUUUAAAAGUAAAUAAAACAAAUAAUAUAUAUAUUUUUUAUUUUAUAUAUAAAAUUUUUUUUCCCAGAAAUUUUUUUUUAAACCCCCAUCCUUGAUCGAACGAUGGCGAGUCGUUCGAUCAAGGAUGGGGGGGGAGUUAGUCUUGCAAAUAGAAGAAAUCUAUGAGAAAUGCUGGGCUUUAGUGCUUGAAGGCAAGCAUGAUGCUCCAAUAGGCAUCGCAGUAACGUUUUUAUCCUUCGCCUUCAAUGAAAGCACUAUACUUUCACCUCUAAACGACACUUAUCUUCCAAAACUCUUUAAAAAGGUCAUUGAUAAAGGCCACGAACGAUGGGGAUUUACCAGAGCUCUUCUCAACGAAUGCUACCCAAUUUUCAUUGCCCACUCAUCAAGGGUUUUGCCAUAUACAAGCUUAAUUUUAGAGCUUUCUUUAUACCAAGAAAUCCGAGGCGACGAUUCAGAAUUUGCCUUGAUGAAUUCUUUUGCACUAAUAAAUGCGCCUAAACCCCAUUGCAAAAUAGAUGAAAUUGCUGAGCAAGGCCAAUAUAUAAGAAUGCUGACAUUAGCAUUUAUUGAUAAAAUUUCGUAUGAAGAUGAUUUUUCUUAUAAACUUGUAAAAGAAUGCUUUUCUGGGCUUUCUGGCCUAUCAAAGCAAAGAGGAGAACUGCCUAAUAGUGAGCUAUAUAAGCAAAAAAUCAGACUUGGACAGCUUGCAUGUGUGCUAUCAAGCUGAAUUAUAGCAAAAAAUGAUCAAAAGUUAAUAAAAGAAUCAGUUCAAAAAUGUGUAGAAAUAAUUUCAAUCCCUCACGUCCACGUAAUUCGGCAAUACAUAGAGAGAUUUUUAAUUUCUUUGCUCUUAUCCAAUCCUCAAUAUACAGAAAUUACUCUACCUGUCUUAGAUGACUAUAAUUUAAAGCCUCAAGUAGCAAGCUCAACCAUUGUCGUCUUAGGAGCAGUUAUGGUAUUUCUUGAUGACGAGCCUAUCAGAGAAAAAAUUUUCAAUAAAAUCCUCCCAUUUAUGAUCUGUAAUACAGCCCACAUCAGACGAGCUUCUCACUACAUCAUCUACAAAUUGCUUGAAAAAUACCCUGACUUCUCCACUAAAUCGCCUAUGUUCCCAUUUUUAUUCAAAAAUAAAGAGUGCAUAAAAAUGCAGCAGAGAUUCGAAAAUUUAAUAGAAGGAUUUAACCAGCUAAAAGAAUGCGGGAUUUCAUUAAUAAUGAAAGGGUAUAUAGAUGGCGCUGAUGAGCUAGUUCAUGACUCUUUAGUAAACUUAAUUGAUGAAACUGUGAAAAAUACAAGAGAUGAUGAAUUUUAUGGAGAAGAAGGAUUGGCGAGCGGAGAGCAUUAUUGGAGACUCAAAGCGGCUGAGUUGCCAUUAGAGCACAAAAUUGAGGCUAAUUUCCAGAGAAAAGUAGAAGAUACACAAGCUUUAGUAGAAAUGAGGACUACGAAAGGAAUACAGAGAAGGCAUGAAUUGAUAAUUGUUGCGUCGCUGCUUGAUAAACUGCCAAAUUUGGCUGGAUUAACGAGAACUGGCGAAGUUUUUAAUUUGCAGCUUUUGACUGUACCAAAUAAAAACAUGGUAAAUGAGGCAGAAUACAAGAAUAUGGCAGUAACAGCUGAUAGAUGGCUCCCUAUAAUAGAAGUUACUGAAGAAAACCUCCCAGUUUACUUAAACCUAUGCAGGCAUAACCAAUAUCGAAUUGUAGGUUUAGAGCAGACAGCUAAUAGUAUCCCUAUAAAUCAAUAUGAAUUUCCCAGUAAAUGUGUCCUUGUCUUAGGAAAAGAAAAGGAAGGGAUCCCUGGCAAUAUUUUAGAACUAGUAGACCACUGUGUAGAAAUUCCUCAGUUUGGGAUGGUGAGGUCACUUAAUGUGCAUGUAAGUGGUUCAAUCUGUAUAUGGGAGUACAUGAAACAAAAUUACAUAAAAUAA